AUGCUCUCUGGCCAACACGCCCUGAUCGCGGGGGGAACAGGCGGGAUCGGGUACGCAAUUGCACACAAACUGGGUCUCCACGGGUGCCGGGUGACGAUCUUGUCGCGGGACCUGCGUCGUCUGAACGCGCGCAUCGAUGAACUCAACCAGGAGUUCCCCCGCUCAGACAAGCAUUACGGAAUAACCUACGACCUGCUCAGACCACAGUCGCUCGAACGCAGAAUCAGAAAACACCUGCCCAACUACAAAAAGAUCAACAUCCUGGUCAACUGUGCCGGGAUCUCGCAAAACUCGCUGCUGCCGUCCACGUCGUCGGAACAGGUGGUGGACAUUCUGAACGUGAACCUGCUUUCCCCGGCUGUGCUGUGCAGGUUGUUUUCGCGCACAAUGACACGGCUCCCCAACGCCAGCAUCAUCAACGUCUCGUCUGUGCUGGCAACAGACACGGUUCCAGGAACAUCUGUGUACAGCGCGUCCAAAGCAGGACUCAACAAGCUCACCAGAAACCUGGCUGUGGAGCUGGCUCCCAAAAACGUGCGGGUCAACGCACUAAUGCCCAGUUUGGUGGCAGAAACCAAGAUCGGCCAGUCUGUGAACAGAGACUUGUUCAAAGGACGCGAGAUUUCUGCCGACGAAGUGGCGGACCACGUGCUCGCGUUGGUUCUGGACCCUACAACCACGGGCCAGUGCAUCCGCAUCGAAUGA